UGAACCUUACUGGAUGUAGCAGAAUGCUGUCCCAGUGAAGGAAGGCUUAGGUUAAUACCAACAAAUUCAGUUCAGUUCAACGAAUAUUUAUUUAUUGAAUGUCAACUAUCUGCCCACUACUCUGCUAGGUUUUGAGGUACAGAGGCGAGCAAGACAGACAUAGGCCUGUGCUUGUGGAGAGUUAACUCUGCUUUCCAUAGCAAACUGCAGGGAUCCCACCUUUUUAUCCCAUUACCUGAAUGUUUUGUUCCCCUCCCUUUCCCUCUAUAUGAUGUAGCAUUAUCCCCAUUCUGUUGGUGAAACUGAGUCCUGGUCACAUGGUUUACCUGAGUCCACACAGCUGGUAUCAGACUGGAACUUAAAACCCAAUAGGAAAUUUUUAAAACACAGGUGCCAUUAAAGCUCAAAAAAAGCACCAUAUUUUCAGAUCACCUGACAGGUUAAAAUAGCUAAGUGUUUGCCCAAAAAUAAAAAAAAAAUCACUAACUUCCCUAUAAUUAAUUCUGUUUGUCUAGACCUACUUCCUUCAACGUUUAACAGGACUAACCUGUCAGAUGGGUGUCAUAGGAGCUUGCUUAUCUAGUAUGAUUUGAAGAACACCAGAGGAGCAUUGGUUCCAAUUAUUUCUCUGAAGUGGUGCUUGGAAUUCCACCAUUAAAAAUCCAUUCCCCUUUUAAAAUGCAAAUAAUCUCAGGAGGAAUAACAUCCAAAAUCACUAAUAUACAGUGCUGUGCUUAUAGAAAAUGCUCGGUAAAUAUUUGUUGAAUGAUUGAGUUAGUUUCUUUGAUUACUGACUGAAGGGCUUAGGAAUAGAUGAACUUACUGGGUAUAUGAAAGAGGAGGUGCACUGAAAAAGGGCUGAGGAAGAUCUGGAAACCAAAUGGGGAGAGAGCAGUGCAGUUUGCUGUCUCUUACAAAGAAUUCAUCGCUGUAUUAUAGGAGCACAUUGCCCAACAGACACCAAGAAGAUGUAUUUUGGGGGACUUUUUUCAAACCAACUGCAAAUAUGGGAAUCUUAGUUGGAAAACAUGUGGAUGCUCAAGGCAGAAUAUACUUGCCGUAUCUCCAAAACUGGAGCCAUCCUAAAUCUGUCAUUGUUGGAUUAAUUAAAGAAAUGAUUGCCAAGUUUCAAGAAGAACUUCCCCUGUAUUCUCUGCCAUCAUCUGAUGAGGCACAGCAGGUAGACUUGCUAGCCUAUAUUGCAAAAAUCACUGAAGGUGUCUCAGAUAUAAAUUCAAAGAACUGGGCAAAUCAUGAGAAUAAAACAGUCAAUAAAAUUACUGUGGUUGGCGGUGGAGAACUGGGAAUUGCCUGCACAUUAGCAAUUUCAGCAAAGGGCAUUGCAGACAGACUGGUCCUCUUAGACCUCUCAGAAGGGACUAAAGGAGUGAUAAUGGACCUUGACAUAUUCAACCUGCCUAAUGUGGAGAUCAGCAAAGAUUUGUCUGCCUCUACUCAUUCCAAGGUGGUGAUCUUCACAGUCAACUCUCUGGGUAGUUCUCAGUCCUACCUCGACGUGGUACAGAGAAAUGUGGAUAUGUUCAGAGCCUUUGUUGCAGCUCUGGGACAUUAUAGUCCACAUGGCAUCCUGCUCGUUGCAUCUCAGCCAGUGGAAAUCAUGACCUAUGUGACGUGGAAACUGAGUGCAUUUCCUGCAAAUCGAGUGAUUGGAAUUGGUUGCAAUCUGGAUUCACAGAGAUUACAAUAUAUUAUUACAAAUGUUUUGAAGGCACAGACUUCAGGAAGAGAAGUAUGGGUUAUUGGUGAGCAGGGAGAAGACAAAGUGCCCACAUGGGGUGGCCAAGAGGACGUAACAAGGCAUAACUCUCAGCAGCUGUCCAACAGAGCCAUGGAACUGUUAAGAGUAAAAGGUCAAAGAUCCUGGUCUGUUGGACUGUCAGUAGCCGACCUGGUUGACAGUAUUGUGAAUGAUAAAAAGAAAGUGCAUUCUGUAUCAGUUUUAGCAAAGGGAUAUUAUGAUAUAAAUAGUGAAGUGUUUUUAAGUUUGCCUUGCAUCCUUGGAACCAGUGGAGUGUCUGAAGUCAUCAGGACCACAGUGAAAGAAGAUACAGUGACUGAGAAACUCCAAAGCAGUGCAUCAUCAAUACAUAGUCUCCAGCAACAGUUAAAACUUUGAUUCUAAAGUUCAGAGUUACUUGAAAGGAAAGGUCGUUUAAUUUUACCAACAUAUAUAUAGGGCUGAGAACUUCUGUGUCUUAUUAUUUAUCCUUACAAACUGCUUGGUUAAGGUAGAUGGUUUCUUGGUUGGCUUUGUAAUAUGAAUCCUUAGGUAGUUAGAUAAGAAGGAAAAAAAUCUAAUUUUCUUUGUUGUUCUUGAGAUAUCUAUACUGUUCUUUAAACCUACAGCAGAGAUAAACGUUCAUCUGCAAUAUGCAUCAUUUUAAAAUUAUGUAUCCUCAAUGAGCACCUUUAGCACUUUGGGAAUACUUUGAAAAUGAUACAUUUUUAAAGGAAAAUUACUCUGACUGUUAUAAUAACCAUGAUAAGCCGAAAGCCCAGUAUGGAUUUACAAAAUCUGUGCCAGCUAUACACUCAAAGGAUCCACAAUUUAAGCUAUUAAUGUUUCUUCUUUAAAAACAGUGGGUAGUAAUGAUAAUAAAGCAUUUUGUUUUCCCUCUUCAAAUUGAUUAGCUACCACAAAAAUGGAAAAGAAUUUUACACGUACUUUAAAAUAGUAAAAAGGAAAAUGAAAUUUUUUAAUAUAUGAAGAAAAAGUGUACUUUAAUUUCCAGUGGGACUGUCCUUUCUGGAAUUUUCUAUAACCUCUUCCUAGGCUAUAUAAGAUCUCCGACAUCUCAAGAACGCACUGUGACAUUAGUAGAACCAUAGAGAAUGUGUAUUUUUAGUGGAAGUAGGUUAUGAAUGAAAGCCAAGCAGUUUAAAGCCAAAAUACGAGGCUUUCGUAAAAGCCAUUGGUCUUAAUGGGGAGAGGUUGGGUGGGCUGAUUGUCUGAGCAAAUCCUUUAACUACUCCUGAAGAAAUGAUUUACUUUGGUGAUGGGUCAAUAAUGACAAUAUCUUCAUAUGUGAAAGAUAGCAUAUUAUUACGAAUGUGAUGCACAGCUAAGAGCAAGAACUAACAUCAACACUUCUAGUAUUUCUGGCAAUGUGAUGAGCACUUUAUUGUUUUAUUCCUCAGGAUUAUUUAUUAAUCCUCACAGUAACCCACUGAGGAAGGGACUAUUAUCAUCAUUUUAUAGAGGAGGAAAUUGAGGUUUAGUGCCCAAGAUCUCAUGACUAAGGGACACUUACAUACAACCUCUACUUUUUCUAAGUACGAGAAGAGGGAAAAAGCAGAAAUAGUUACCACAAGACCCUAAAGCUGGGGUUCUAUACUCUUAUAUUCUCAUGUAGGGGCUUUUUUUUUCAAUAUAGUUUUUAGAAAGACUGAUUCUCUGACUUCCCAGACUUGCCCUCAGCAAAUAGCUGGGGGGAAUGGGGGAGGUACGCACUGAAGUAGGCGUUUAUUUAGUCAUUCAGUUAAAUAAGUGGGAGCCUGCUAUACACCAGGUGCCAUACUGGGCACUGCAGAUACAGUGGUGAGCAAACCUGGACUAGGUACAAGCCCUCAUGGUGCUUAUAAUCUAGUAUGAAACAUAGUAAUCAAGUCUCACAAAUAAAUGUCCAAUGCAAGUGUAAUAAGUGCUGUGAAGUCCCAGGUGCUUUGAAAGCAUAUUAUAGGUAACCCAAACCUGGUCAAUGAGAUAGGAGCCAGAUGGAUUAUACGGGCAGACAUACCUUAGGUAGAGAGGAAACAGUCAAACUAAUGCUGAUUUAGAAUAAUAAUGGAUGCUUAUAAUGAUGAGCUUAAAUCAUAAAGAAAAGGUGAAAUUAUAUUCAGUGUUCCAUGUUUAAGUAGAAAAGUAUUUAAUAUGCUUGGAAAGAUUCACACUAUAAUGAACUAGUGUAAAAACAUUGGCCAUUUGAAGAGAAGAGCAUUAGUUCUGUGUAAUUUCACUGCAUGGGUAGGUUAUUUUGGUGUUAACUCUAAUAGUAUAUCCUCACUGUCCUUUUGUAUGAAAUAAGAAAUUAAAACUAAAAGGACCAUUUCUUGUGUUUUUAAAGUCACCUUUUCUAAUAUCAGAUACCUAAUUGUGCUCUUGAAGAAUAACCUAAUUACAAGAUACUGUAUAAAUAGAUGAAUUGCUAAGAAUUCACUACAUUAAUUAUAAAAGGAACAUGUCACUACAACAAUACUUAUUGCGUCUACUGUUAUUCCGGGUACUGUGUUAGAAUCUGAGAAGUGAAAAGAUGAGUAAUAAUAGCCCUUGCCCUACAGAAGCCCACAAUAUAGAAGUAAUUCUAUCAGAUAUUUCCUUGAGUGUUGAGUAUUAUAAAUCAUAUAGUAAGUUCUAUAUAUAAGUCAAGAAGCAGUACCACCACCACCUCACUGUGAUUUGGUGAUAAUUUGACAUUCAUGAUGCUUCUAUUAACUUUCACUUUUUUUCAUCUUUCCAAAAUCAUGCAGUGUCUCUUGUUAUGGUUUUUAAUGGGGCUUGGAUUAAAAUGCUUCUUUGAUAUUGUAACAGAUAAAUAUUUUAUUUUCCAAUUUACAUUGUAGUUAUUCUUAAAUAUCAAGAAUAUUGAAUAAAAUAAACUUUGACUUUA